UCCUUCCAUCAUUCAACGUACUUGCAUUCUAAAUAUCUAGAGAAGAAGAAAGCCAUUUCAUUAGGAGCAAAGUAAAGAAAAAUGGCUCAUGUAGUACACGGACGGAUGGAGAUCGAUGUUGGGAUCAGAUCUCCAACGGACAAGCUCCACAAACUGUUCAGCUGCAGGCCUCAACACAUCCCGAAAAUGUCCUCUCCGAAGUUAGAAGAUUGCAAGCUGCAUGAAGGCAGCUGGGGAAAGGUCGGCUCUGUAAUCUCUUGGCAUUAUGUCGAAGAUGGAGAGAGGAAGGUUGCGAAGGAGAAAAUCGAGGCCAUAGAUGAUGAAAAGAGUUCCACCACCUUCAGAGUGGUCGACGGUGAUCUGAUGAAACUGUACAAGAAGUUCAUCCUGAUCUUUCAGGCCGCUCCGAAGAAGGAAGGGACUGGGAGCAUCGCGCGCUGGACACUGGAGUACGAGAAGCUGAGCGAGGAGGUCCCCGAACCCUAUGCUACACUCGAGUUCUGCGCUCAGGUCACCAAGGACAUUGACUCUCACCUGACAUCUGCAUUUGGGGCCUAAGGACCUAGUUCUAGUGUUGCAUGUACGUUUCUGCAUGCAUGAUUGCUAUGGUGUGCAGUCGAUUCUAAAUAAGGAAUUUGAGAAAGAAGGUGUAGUACACCCUCGCUUAGGAAUUAAGGUGUCAUAGGUUCGAUUGUCUAGUGUGACCACGUGUCCCUUUAUUUAUUUUCAUUUCCAUGUACCAGAGUCUUGAGUCACAUUUGUAACCUAAAAAUAAAACAAAAUAAAAAUAAAAAGAAGAAAGGUUUGAUGGUGUAUGUUGCGGUGGGUAAAACAUGUAUCAGGUUACACUUUCUUAAGCCAUAUGCAUACCGUUUUCAUUUCCGUAAGAUCGACUGGAUUUGAAAUGGAUAUGUUACGGCCUGCAGGUCCAGCCUUAAAUUAGAAGCCAAUCCGGAGUACUUAUUAACAAUGGAAAUAUUGAC